GAGCUGUGUGGCUUGGCUGAGGCGGGGCGGGCAGUUGUGGCAGCGCUAGGCAGCGCAUCUCUUCGAGAGUGACCAGAGCGCAGGACUGCGUGUGGCGGGGGGAUGAACGGGGCGGCCCCGCCGCUCUUUGACUGUAAGGAGCGCGUCCUGCGGCUGGGCCAGAGCUUCGAGAGGCAGCCGCGCUGUGCCUUCCACACCGUCCGCUAUGACUUCAAGCCUGCAUCCAUUGAUACAUCUUCUGAAGGAGACCUUGAAGUUGGUAAAGGUGAACAGGUGACAAUAACUUUACCCAAUAUUGAGGGUUCUACUCCACCUGUAACCGUUUUCAAGGGUUCCAAGAAGCCAUAUCAAAAGGAAUGCAUCUUGAUAAUUAACCAUAAUACCGGAGAAUGUAGAUUAGAAAAGCUUAGUAGCAAUAUCACUGUGAAGAAAACCAGAGGUGAAGGAAGCAGUAAGGUCCAGUCUCGUAUCGAGCAGCAGCAGCAACAAAUGAGAAAUGCAAAUAGGAUUCCAAACAAUGUUAAAUUUUCUCCACAAAAGGAGAAGAUGUCUCCCCCUUCUCUCAUGGAUGACAUUGAAAGAGAGCUAAAGGCAGAAGCUAAAAUUAUAGAGGAAAUGAGUUCCUCUGGCAGUUCUUCUGAAUCAAAAAGUUCAUCCUCAUCAUCAAACAGUGACAAUAGUUCCAGUGAUUCAGAAGAUGAAGGAGCAAAGCCAUCCUUUCCCUUGCCAAUGUCACACCGUCACGCACAGCCUCCCACAAUGAUGGCAUCACAACAGGGCUUCCCGGAUAUUGAUGCUGGAUAUCAAAGGAGCCAAGAGGGCAGUGGCCACUUCAUGAACACCCUCCGGAAUGAUCUUCAGUUGAGUGAAACUGGAAGUGACAGCGAUGACUGAGGAUAUUUCGGUGCUCUAAACGUGUAUCAUUUCCCUUAAUGAAGAUGAAAAAAUGUUUGUUUGCACUACAUUUGAAGAAAUAAAGACAGAAGAAUGUUAUCUGCUUUAAUAAAACUGACUUAAUGUUUCUUACUUCAAGUCCAACAGUCCUCUUUUUUGCCAUACCUUUCUAUGGUUUUUUCAAAUUUCAGGAUUCUGGUAUUGAUUAUUUUUAUGUGGGUCCAGAGUAUUUUCUACUACCUCUUCAGAUAGCUGAUUUAUUUUUCUUUGUAAAUUAGGUAUGGAAGAAAUAUUUGUCUAUAAACACAUUUUGGAUCAAAGUUUUAUUUGAGAACUUGAUAUGUGUGUUUGUAUAAGUAGAAGAGGACAAACAGCUGAAAGUUUUGUUCCUCGAGGUUAUGUGAAAGUAGUUGCCAAACAACAAUAUAACAUUAUCUAAUUGUGCCUCAUUUCUGAGAGUACACACUUUCUGAAUUUCAUGUGCUACCUAAUCUUCAGUGUCUCAAGUCUUACUAGUAUUUUGUCUCUAUAAUAUUUUUGAUAAACAUAAACAUAUCUUUUAACUAUCCUGUUGAGAUUAGUUUAUGUCUUUUGAUAGAGUUCAAGAAAUAAUAAAAUAUUUAUCGCUUCCUUGA